UAUGAGCACAGCAAAUCGCUGCGCGCUUUUGCAGUGUUGUCGCUGCGUUUGUUUAUUUUCAAAAUUUUAGACUCAAUUUAAAACUCAAUUUAAAACUCAAAAUUUCAAACUCAAAAUGAAAGCUGAAAACUUAAGAUCUAAAAUACAAAAAUCAAAACGAAAGCAAAACUUUAAAAGUAAAGAGAUUAUGGAGCGCGCUACCCAUCCAUAUUUGUUCAGGCGAUUUUAGACAUCCAGACGAAAGCAGCAAAAUAUCUCUUGCCACGCUUCAAGAAAAAGGUCGAGCAGGGCGAUCCUUUGCUCGAUGUCACGGACGAACUCUGCGACGGCGUUGAUUUUCUGAGGCGUUCAGAUGGCACUCGGUGCUCGUUCUCGCUCCUGAACCUGCGCCGCGAUGAUGUGCAUCCCAAGAUGGAGUUUAGCGAGACGCUAGGAGCAGCCUUUCUUAGAGAAGAGCCUCACUUUCGCUGCCUCGUCGAACUCUCACGCGAACGUGACGGAAACCGAGAAAAUCUGAGCUCGUUCGUAUUUGGAGAUAUUGCCGACGCUCUGCCUUUCCAGAUGACUUACAGACUGGAUCGUUAUUGACGAGGGCCGACGCUGUCUAGACAUUUUUCAUUUUUCAUAAGUGCAGACAUCUAUUUCACUUACAAUUAUGUGAGAUCAUCCGAUCUAUGUUUCCGCAUGCGACAUGUUGUCUGAAAUCAAUUUAUCGUCCUAUUCCACACUUUCGAUAAACGAUGUUCUUCACUUGUCACAUUUGCUAUCACCAUAGUAUUCUUUUUUUAUACGAUAAAACACAACGACACUCUCGAUAUCAGAAAACAAGCUUACACAUGCUUGACGAUCAACCAACUUGAUCAAAACAGCCUUCGGCCUGAAAGAAAGUUGUCCGUGCUUGCGGAUGAGCUGGAAUGCUUGCAGUUCAAUGAGAUAGUAUCAUGAUGUUGACACGCUGUCUGCAGUUGAUGUAUGCGAAUGUAACGUUGGAUCGAGAAGCUUGAAGUCAAGAGGUCAUCACUAAACGAACAACAUUCUAUGAUUGCGACACC